CAAAAAUCUUCUCAUUCUUCUUUCUAAGUAGCUAGUGAUGAAAAUGGAGAAGAAAAGAAGCAACAAUGCUUCUCUUACCAUUUUCACAAUGUUGGUUGCAUUUAUUUCUCAGAACCUUGUUAUACCUGUAAUAGCCAACACUCAAGACCCUCAUGCAGGAAAUUCUCCAACAGCUAUAUCUAGUUCUCUAUGUUCACAUAGUCCACCAUCUCAUCACACUGGAAUUGGUUGUGGUAGCAGUAGCACCCCGCCAUCUCAUGGUCACGGUCACAGUCAUGGCCAUGGUCAUCAUGGUCAUAGUCAUAAAUCAUCACCCUCAGGUAGUGGAAGUAACAAUCCAACCCCAUCAACUCCCACUCCAUCACCCCCCUCAGGUGGUGGUGGUGGAAGUUAUGAUCCAACCCCGUCAACUCCCCCUGGCAAUGGAAAUUGCGAUCCAACCCCAUCACCACCCUUAGAUGGUGGAAGUUACAAUCCAACACCAUCAAAUCCCACCCCGUCACCACCAUCAAGUGGUGAUGGAAGUUAUAAUCCAACACCAUCAAGUCCCCCAGGCAGUGGAAGUUAUGAUCCAACCCCAUCACCACCCUUAGAUGGUGGAAGUUACAAUCCAACACCAUCAGCUCCCACUCCACCCUCAAGUGGUGAUGGAAGUUAUAAUCCAACCCCAUCAACUCCCCCAAGUGGAGGAAGUUAUGACCCAACCCCAUCACCACCAACAAAUGGUGGUGGAAGUUAUAAUCCAACCCCAUCAACUCCCCCAGGCAGUGGAAGUUAUGAUCCAACCCCAUCACCACCAUCAAGCGGAGGUGGAAGUUACAAUCCAACACCAUCAACUCCCCCAGGAACUUAUGAUCCAACCCCGUCACCACCGUCAGGUGGCGACGGAAGUUACAAUCCAACUCCGUCAACACCAAGUUACAAUCCAACUCCAUCAACACCACCAAGUGGCAAUUGUGCACCACCAGACCCAACAACACCAUCAACCCCGUCAAACCCAACAACACCAUCAACCCCGUCAAACCCAACAACACCAUCAAACCCUCCCUCAGGAGGUGGAGGAUACUACAACUCACCACCAACUUAUGGAGAUAGUAGCCCUCCAACACCAAUCAGUGGCAGCCCACCAAUCAUCCCAUUCGACCCUAGCACCCCACCGUCCCCCACUUACUCCACACCACCUUUCCUUCCUUCACCAUCUCCCUUCACCGGUACAUGCAACUACUGGAAUACUCACCCACAAAUCAUCUGGGGAUUACUAGGCUGGUGGGGAACCUUAGGCAAUGCAUUUCAUGUCCCUAGUUUGCCAGGAUUUGGUUCAAGUCUCAGCCUUCCACAAGCACUUUCUAACACAAGAACUGAUGGACUUGGAGCACUCUACAGAGAAGGGGCAGCUUCCUUUCUUAACUCCUUGGUGAACAACAGGUUCCCUUACACAACUCAACAAGUUAGAGACAGGUUUGUAGCAUCACUCAGCUCAAAUAAGGCUGCAGCAACACAAGCUCAUCUCUUCAGGAUGGCCAAUGAAGGGAGAAUGAAGCUUAGAGCAUGAUCUAAUUAUUACUUUGGUUUAUGUGUUAGUUUAUUGAGUUCAGCUCAGUAUAUUAUAUCUAUAUCUUCUGCUAAGAGUGUUUUUAAUUAGGUACUUAUCAUAUGUUAACUUAUCCUAUUAUGGAUUUUGUGUUACUUUACAACUAUAUGUUAAUUAGCUUUCAUGGCUUCUUAGUUUUGAAUAAAGUUGAUAUUUUGUUGCUAUAA